AUGGUUGCACCGCCUAGUCAGGAACGAACGCCGCUUCGGGCCGCCGAAAAUAGCACCGGCAGCAGUAGUGGACAGGCACAGCGAUCGAACCCGCCGCGCGACGGUCCUCGAUGGGGCGGCGACGGCGAGAACGUGAGACCAGCGGGGUGGACGGAUAACCCUGCUGCGGCAGGAGCAGCAGCAGCACAAGCGAGGGCGGGCGGCAGCGUUCUCGGAGUCCUCUCCGCAAGAAGUACCACCCAGCAGGGUGGCGGCGGCCCGGAAGUGGACAGCUACUCUCUGCUGCGUCCCGCUGGCGGUACCCCUCUCUCCGACAGACGGCAGGAGGCUGCAGCUGGCGUGAUGAACCCGGGCCAGACUCGGGGCCUGGAGCAUCAGCAGCGGUACGCUGGCGGGGAAGCCCGAGGCGGAACUGCCGAGUCGAAACGGGCAGCAUCGUCGGAAGCAGGAGACGUUGAACUGGAGAUGUGGAAGCUAGGGCUCCAGGUCGGCUCAAAUCUUGACGUGAAGGACACCGUGGACAAGUGGUGCGAGGCCACUGUCACCGCGGUGGACAGAGAGGCCGCCAGGGUUUACGUCUCCUACACCUACUGGGCACCAAAGUGGGACGAGUGGAUCAGCAUUGACUCCCCCUUUCUCGCCCCUGCGGGAACGAUGACAUACCAGCCGGGAGGUCCGCUUCGUGUUGGCCAUCGGGUGGAGGUCCUGGACGAAGCCAACCAAUUUUUACCCGCACGUUUUGGACACAAGUGGCUGGAAGCCGACGUGGUGGAAGCAGCCGAAGAUGGCCGCGCCCGCGUGCACUUCAAGGGCUACGCGAAGAAGUUUGACGUCUGGGUGUCGCCGCGCGGGGGCAGGGUCCGCCAAUACGGGCCGCAUCGGGUCGCGGCGAAGGGGGGCAACAGGUCCUCUGCAAGGCAGGCUUCGCUCGCCCCCGGGCAGCAGCACGUGCGGCAGAUCGCCCAGCUCAGCAGCCGGUACGAGCACUACCGGCGCGCUUUGGGCAGCCGCGGCCUGCGUGUGGUGCCGGUAGAGGGCGACGGCAAUUGCCUGUUCCGCAGCGUGAGCCACCAGGUGUACGGUGACGACAACCACCACAGGCUGGUGCGAGCGCGCUGCAUGGACUACAUGGAGAGCGAGGCUCACUUUUUCGAGCCUUACGUAGAGGGAGAUAUGGCUGCGUUCCUGCGGUAUCUGGAAGUGAAGAGGCAGAACGCGGUGUGGGGUGACGAUCCGGAGGUACAAGCUCUCUGCGAGAUCUACGAUAGGCCGGCGGAGAUAUGGGCGUACGAUCCUCAGCUCGGUGCCAAGACGCUACGCACGUUCCACGAAGCCGCCGGGAGCGCGGGCGGACGGCACGGAUCGCCCCGACCCCCGAUGCGCCUGAGCUACUACGGCGGCGGGCACUACGACUCCGUGGCCCCCCUGGACAGCCAACCCCCGCUCGUCGGCGACGCGGCGGGGCCAGCGGGCGCUAGCGCCUCGGCCGGGAGCGGGGGCGCGGGGGGGGUGGGGGAGUCGGGGGCGGCUGCAGGCGCCGCUGAUGCCGUUUCGCCCGCCCCAGAGCCGGGGCAGCUGGAGGAGGCGGCGCUUGAGCGGUCGAAGAUACGAGCGGCUGAGGUCGGCAGCGGCAGGUGGGAUCUGGAGGAGAUGAAGAUGCGGAAGGACGACGAGAACUCUCCGGCGGGCCGAGCUGCCAUGGAUCACGCUUUGGCAUGGAGCAGAAACGUGUUUGAGGCACAGUUUGACGACUUGGACAGCGCUCUUGUCGCCAGCGUCGACCACAUGGAGCAGUCCAACCUUAGUUCGCUCGAGGCCGCAUCGCGAGACAGCGAGCUCGUUGUGCUGCAGGAGGAGAUGCUGCGCACGGCGCAGGCCCAGAGCGAGGAGGAGCAGCUUCGGAACGCCCUCGAAGCCUCGCGCAACAGCGCCGCGGCGGCUGCGGCCGAGGAAGACCUGGUACGCCAGGCUAUGGCCGAGUCCAUGGGCGCUGGCGCCGCUGGAGCAGCUGGCGGCGGCGGCGCAUCUGCUUCUGGCGUUUGCGUGGACGGCGGUAACGCGAGAGGGGACGUGGGGAGCCCCGCUGCGACCGCCGCCGCCGCCGCAAGCCACAGUGCUGCUGCCGGUGACUUUGCGACGGCGAAGGUCGCGGAGCAACAGCCGCCAAAACAGCAGCAGCAGCAGCAGCAGCAGGGCCGAGUCGCAGCUGCAGGGGCCGCGGACGUGGGGCAGGAGGACGAGGAGCUGAAGAAAGCCUUACUGAUGUCGGGGAUGGCGGCGGGGGGCGCGUGGGAAACGUUGCCGGCGGAAGCCGGGGGGCCGGCGAAGGGGUUCGGCGUUGACGACUUGGAAGAAGACGACGCCCAGCUUAGACUUGCGAUUGAGGCCUCGCUAGCCGGCGAGUGAAUAUGGGGUCGCGAUCUAUUUAGUAACUUGUUCGGUCGGCCGGCGGGUGUGCUGUUGGUGUGUUUGUUCAUGUCACUGCGGUAGGAGAGAGUGGAGGCGGAUCUUACACACUGUAUAUAUAGGGAGUCACUGCUGUCGGGGUGGCUUGCGUGCGUGCUGUUGUCCGCGUUUUGCGCGAGAGCCAGAACAAUGAAGUCUGCCGUAGAACACUUGCUGUUACAUAAAGUGUUCUUUUGAGUCUUGCGCUCGUCGUUGUGCUCUGUUUGGUGUUUGCUUGGCCUGUAGUUUCAUUUAGUUCUCAGUGCUGGAGCGAUCGAUCUAUUGCAACUCAUCCUACCUCACUCCUUUCUUUUGCCGCCAUGGUAGAGCACCAGCAGCAGCCGACGAGCUCCAGGCCGGUGAUUUGCGGCCGCCAUUGCCCGCCUUCUUGGUUGCUUGUUCAUCAUGUCGCUGACUGCUACGCAUUCAUGUUUUGUCUUGUUGUUGCCAUGUCGGUUUACGUCAACUUCCAAGGAACUUGGCGAUGAUAUAUCUGUGUUGCAGGAAGGACCACUCCAUUCUGUACGCUCUGUCGCCUUCUUUUCGUCCGAUUGUGGGAAGCGCGUGUGUGUGCUUUUGUUGGUAGUUUUUUUCCACCGUUGAUGUUGCAGGGAAGAGAGCAGCGGUGUCGGUGUGCUUUGUGCACGUGAUAAGUUUUCUACGAUGUCGUUGUGCGACAC